CAUUCUGCCUUAAAACCCGCUUUGCUUUUGACAAAUUAAACCAGGAAAAACCAAUGGAUAUCAUGUCCCUCUCCUUUAAUAUUAUACUUUGUUUUUUUUCCUUCUGUCUUCGUAUUGGUUAUUGGGCUUCAAUUAUAACAUUAGGAGUAAUUGGGAUUAUUUUUAAGUUGAGAUUUUAGACCUUACUCCUCAAUUAAAAACUUUGUAAAUAAAGUAUGUACAGGGCUGCUUCCACACCGUUCGAUUGCAGUCCUUGUUUCGUCCAACGGCAAGGAAGCUCAUGUUUACUUGUGCAUAUAUGGACCAUUUCUUUUUAUUUUCUUUUAGGGGUUGUAGGCCAGCGCUGCAAAUUCUUAUUCUAAGUUGAAGCAUGGAAUUUUAUGGUAGUGUGGCCGUUACUCGAGGACUCUAAUGCCUAAGCCCUCAGGAAAAAGAAAAGAAUAAAGUGUUUGAAAAACUGGAUAACAGGAAAUAGUAAGAGAUGUCAACGAGAAGGGUAAUAAAACAAUUGGUUUGAAAAACUGUGCCUGAGUUUCACUUCACAUUCUGAGCACAAAGUAGUGUGUUAUUGGAGAGAGUGACGCAGUAGCUAUCUGCUAUCCUAUUUCUGGAUUCAUAACACUCUUUUUUCUCUAUCUUUCCUCCUCGCAAACUUUGGAGUUGUACUAUGGAAUAUCUUCUUUUUUUUCUUGUUGUUUUUUUUUUCUUUUCAAAGAAUAACACUAUUUCUUAUUACUGUGUUGAGAUUUUGAGUUGUUAGGGUUGUUAGGAUAUGAUAAUUAUUUAUCUUUUAAAUUUAGGAUAUGAUAAGUAUUUAUCUUUUAAAUUUAAAGUCUAGCUAUUAAGAGUUUGUUAUUUAGUUUCUAUCAAAGUCUUACAUAUAAUUAUAAAUAUAAGGCUGAUGUAUCUCUUUUUGAUAUCAGAAUACAAUAAUGAAAACUUAAUUCUUUGGUUAUUUCUUUUAAGUUGGUAUCAGAGCCUACCAAAAAAAAAAAAAAAGGCUUUGAAAUACUUAAAACAACAUGAGUGGUAGAGAUGGUGAACCAUCUGGAUCGAAACCUAUUAUCAUUCAAUCUGAAGGAGCAUUCAAUGCAGGAAUUACGCUUACAGAAUCAAAUUAUGAUGUAUGGUCUCAACUAAUGGAAAUGCAUAUUGCUGAAAGAGAAAAGCUUUCCUAUAUUCGGGGAAAAACAAAACCACCUGCUGAAUCAGAGGAUGGGUAUGAAAAGUGGUAUGCUGAAAACCAAAAGGAAUUGGAUCACAGAGACAAAGUGGUCAUGAAGGAUCCUGAUGAUGUGGUUGCGUACAAAAAAUCUAUUGAACGACUACGGGUGCAUAUAUUUUUAGCUGGACUAGAUGAUUACUUUGAGCAGGUUCGCGGAGAAAUCCUACGUCAGGAGUCUACUUCAGGCCUAGAAGAAAGCUAUGCCCUGAUUCGACGAGAGGAGAACCGCCGUGUAACAUUAAAAGGAGACUAUGGAGACUUCGAUGCUGCUGCUAUGGUGAUUCACAACAAGUUAAAGACAUCUAUUGGUAUUAGAAAGUCCACACAAAAAUGUACUCAUUGUAAUAAGUCAGGCCACAUCAAAGAUUGUUGCUUUGAGCUUGUAGGCUAUCCAAAUUGGUGGGAUCAAAAUCGAGGAUCACAAAGAAGGAAAGCUAAGAAUUCCUUGAUUUCCGCUGUUGCUGAAACCAAAACAAGUGAGGACAAUGUUGAAUAA